CAUAUACAUAUAUAUACAUACACUCCUUCUCCUUCUCCUUCUCCUUCUCCUUCAAAUUCAAACACAAUUUCAUUGAUUAAACAAGAGCAAACAUGGAAAUCGCUACAAACAGCUCCAAUCACCACCGUCUUCUUAAAUCCUCUUCCAACAACUCCUUCCGCCUCCGUUCUCCCAGCCUCAACUCCUUGCGCCUCCGCCGUAUCUUCGACUUAUUCGACACCAAUCGAGACUCCUUCAUCACCGUCGACGAGAUCAGCCGCGCCUUGAUACUCCUCGGCCUCGAGACCGACAUCUCCGAUUUAGAUUCCAUGAUCAAAUCCUACAUCCGUCCUGGAAACGCCGGACUCACCUAUGAUGACUUCGUCUCCUUGCACAGAUCCAUCGACGACUUGGUGUUCGGCCUGGAGGAUGUACAGGAAGCGGUGGGAAGCAAGGAGGAGCAGGAGGAGGCGGAUCUAACGGAGGCGUUUAAAGUGUUUGAUGAGAACAAAGACGGAUUCAUAUCGGCGAAGGAAUUGCAGGUAGUGCUUGGGAAGCUAGGGUUUACAGAGGCCAGCGAGAUGGAGAGAGUGGAGAUGAUGAUCUCGUCGGUUGACCGCAACCACGACGGACGCGUUGACUUUUCAGAAUUCAAGGAUAUGAUGAAGGUCCUUAAGUAAUUCCGUUGUGGAAAUUAAAUUAAAUUAAAUUGGGAGCAUUUUGUUUUAAAUUUCCAUAUAUUCGCAUUUAUUCUGGUUUUCCUUUUUC